GCACAUACAAUGGCAGAGAUGGGUUCUGAAACUAUCUUCAAUUCCGCCAUUAAUGGCUGCUCCUCCAAUACAGAGGACACUGCAGGCAAGGUCAUAACUUGCAAAGCUGCGGUGGCUUAUGGUCCCGGGCAGGCGCUAGUUGUGGAGGACGUACUGGUGGCGCCGCCUCAGAAAUCGGAGGUCCGAGUCAAGAUCCUUUACACUUCUAUCUGCCAUACAGAUCUCAGUGCCUUGAAAGGGGAGAAUGAAGCUCGCAAUGUUUUCCCGCGUAUCCUGGGACAUGAAGCGUCCGGUGUGGUAGAGAGCGUGGGAGAAGGUGUGAGGGACUUGAAAGCCGGAGACAAGGUGGUGGCGGUGUUCAACGGCGAAUGCGGCAGCUGUAAGUACUGUGAGUCCACCAAAACCAACCUCUGCGAGAAAUUCAGGGUGGAUCCCGGCCGAAGCGUGAUGGUCGGAGACGGGAAAUGCAGGUUCUCCACCAAAGACGGCAAACCAAUCUACCAUUUCCUCAACACCUCCACCUUUUCUCAAUACACUGUCAUCAAUUCUGCUUGCGUUGCCAAGAUUGACCCCAUCGCUCCCCUCAAAAACAUGACUUUGCUCAGCUGCGGUGUCUCUUCAGGAGUUGGAGCUGUAUGGAAUACAGCCGACGUUCAAGCUGGCGAAACAGUAGCGGUCUUUGGCAUGGGAGCAGUAGGGUUAGCGGUAGUAGAAGGCGCAAGAGCUAGAGGAGCAUCAAAGAUUAUCGCAGUUGACAUUAACUCUGAUAAGCGCAUCAAAGGUGAAGCUAUUGGAAUCACACACUUUAUAAACCCAAAGGAAAUAGAUAAGCCCGUUCACCAGGAAAUUCGGGAAAUGACAGGAGGAGGGGUGAAUUAUAGCUUUGAGUGUGCUGGAAAUGUGGAUGUUCUUAGGGAGGCUUUUUUGUCCACCGUCGAUGGUUGGGGAUUGACCAUAAUGUUGGGCAUCCAUCCGAGUCCAAGGAUGUUGCCAUUCCAUCCAAUGGAGUUAUUUGAUGGCCGAAGAAUUGUUGCGUCUGUGUUCGGUGAUUUCAAGGGAAAGUCGCAGCUCCCUAACUUUGUGAAACGAUGCACGGAAGGGGAAGUGAAGCUUGACGAGUUCAUAACCCAUGAAAUGCCUUUUGCCAACAUUAAUGAAGCCUUCCAGUUGCUUGUUGAUGGCAAAUCUUUGAGAUGUCUUCUUCACCUCUAACCUUGUUCAUAAUAUAAUCAAUCCACCACGCAAUCGGAAAUUUAAAAUCUCCACAUUCAAAUGGAAGUGUCGCCUUUAUAGUUUAUAUACUUCCACAAUAAGUACUUUAUAUAUAUAUAUAUAUAUGUAUAGAGAGAAACAUAAAGAAAAAAGAAAAACAUUCUUCACGUAGGUAAAAAUAGUAUUCUUGUUGUAAUGUAGUGCGCACAUAUUCAUGUGCAGAUGUGCUGAUAUGCACGAUUUCCUUGUGCAUAAUUU